AACCAUACAUAUCUCCAUGCAUAGGCGCAUCGCCAGUCGGUCGCGCUGGCACGUUCUGCGUAGGCGCGUCGCCAGCCCGGAGUCGUCACAUGCAAACACCUGGGAAUUUGGAAACUAGCUACUGCUACCCAAUGGCACCGGCAAGACCGCAGUAGCUCUACAUAAAGCAGAAACACGGAUGGAGCCUGCAGCACACAAAGUCAGAAAUGGAGCUAGAGCUGUGGUUGCUCUGGGCAUUGCUUGCCGUCUCGCUCCUCUACUACCUGACCAACACCACCCUACGCCUUUCAGGUACCGGACGGCUGCCGCCAGGACCCAGGCCACUCCCUAUCCUUGGCAACCUCCUCGAUCUGCGCGGCGAUCUCCACCACACGCUCACGCGCCUCGCGCGUGUCCAUGGCCCCAUCAUGCGCCUCAAGCUGGGGCUCACCACGGCCGUGGUCGUCUCCUCGCGCGACGCGGCGAGGGAGGCGUUCACGAGGCACGACCGGCGCCUCGCCGCGCGCGCCGUCCCAGACGCCACCCGCGCGCUCAGGUUCUGCGAGCGGUCCAUUAUAUGGCUGCCAAGCUCCGACCCGCUGUGGAAGACCCUGCGCGGCAUCAUCGCCACGCACAUCUUCUCGCCGCGCAGCCUCGCCGUGGUGCGCGGCAUCCGCGAGCGUAAGGUGCGCGACUUGGUGGAUUACUUCCGUGGGCGCGCCGGGCAGGAGGUGGACGUCAGGCACGCCGUGUUCAGCGGCGUGCUCAACCUCGUGUCGAACGCAUUCUGCUCCGUCGACGUGGUUGACGUGGGCGCCGAGUCGGCGAAGGGGCUACGGGAGAUCGUGGAGUAUCUCAUCGAAUUGAUUUCAAAGCCGAACGUCUCCGACCUUUUUCCUUUCCUCCGGCUGCUCGACUUACAAGGAUGGCGUCGCUGGACGGCAGGGCAUUUGGGGAAAAUCUUCCGGAUCUUGGAUGACAUAAUUGACCACCGGUUGGCCGAGACCUCCUCAUCCAAGGACAAGCAGAGUGACUUCCUCGACGUGCUCCUCGAGCUCAUGUCCACGGGCAAGAUCGGUCGCGACAACCUGACAACCAUUCUGUUCGACGUUUUCACCGCCGGGAGCGACACCAUUGCGAUCACGGUGGAAUGGGCGAUGGGCGAGCUGCUCCGCAACCCGAGGAUAAUGGCCAAGGUGCGCGCUGAGAUCGGAGACACUCUUGGCGGGAAGGAAAUUAUCGAGGAGCCGGAUGCCGCGAGCCUGCCGUACCUCCAGGCCGUGGUGAAGGAGGCGAUGCGGCUGCACCCGGUGGGGCCAAUUAUGUUACCACACAAGGCCGUUGACGAUGGCAUCGAGAUCGGCGGCUAUGCGGUGCCCAAGGGUUGCACGGUGAUCUUCAACGCGUGGGCGAUAAUGCGUGACCCGGUAACGUGGGAGAGGCCGGACGAGUUCGUGCCGGAGCGGUUCUUGGACAGGGCGGCUGAGGUGGAUUUCAGAGGGAAGGAGUUCGAGUUCAUUCCGUUCGGGUCCGGGCGGAGGCUGUGCCCCGGCAUUCCAAUGGCAGAGCGCGUCGUGCCGCACAUACUGGCGUCGCUGUUGCACGCCUUCGAGUGGCGCCUGCCGGACGGCGUGCCCGCCGAGCAGCUGGACGUGAGCGAGAAGUUUACCACCGCCAACGUCAUGGCUGUCCCUCUCAAAGCCGUGCCCAUCGUUAUUAUCUAGUUACUCAGGUCUGUGUAGGAUCAACAUGUACCAGAACAGAUGGCCACUUUUAAUAGGGUUGGCAUGGAUGAGGAUGAACCGACGAAUCAAUCGAUCACUUUCUCCGAUACUGUCUCUCUGCUAAAGUAGCCGGUCGGGAGUCUCUGGACGCAGCGUGUUAUUGAGGCGACGCGGGCAAACAUGAGCCACCCAUGUAGGAGUUAGGUUCGAGUGAAAUCCUCCUACCUAUAGGGUGUGUUUGUUAUCCGAAUCGAUCGAGUGGGUACGUAUAAUUUUAAAUAAAAAUAUAUUUAGUUAUUUGUA